AUGGAUCACCUCCGUGAUUCUCUGCUGAGCUCUCUGCCUAGAGACACACCUUCCACCGCAACGAUCGACCAUGCUCGCAGAGAUCAGGAAGGUACACGCCAACUCCCCCAAGGCCACAUUCAUUCCCUGUGGUAUAUGUAUUACGAACUUGGCAAAGCAGUCUCCUCGGAAUCACCUGGGCACGAGGGACUAGUCCUCGAUAUCCUCCGCAUUCAACGGAUGGGGCCGUUGACUAGACCUGCACGCGGAAAUGAUCUCCCCUUCUUCGUUGGCGAUAUGACCAAUUUCUCGGUCAAUCACGCUGCUUCUAUGUCGGUAACACACCGUCUCAACUUCGCAGUCUUCCUGGCUAAACUUGCAUCCACUCGUGUCGCUAAGGAUAGGCUGUGCCAAGUUGCUCUUCUGAUCUUCCGUACUCUCUUUGAAAGCCCUCAAGCACUUCCCACCGGGGAAGAGUCAAAGGAGGAAGACAUUAAUCGAGGUACGAAGCAGCUUGAGGUCUUUCAUCUGUUACCAGCUGCCGUUGCUUGGCUGAAAAUAGCAAGCCACAACCUCCUUUUGCUAUCAGAAGUGUGUUGGAACGGCUGCCCUAGCCACAUCAGCAAGGGUGGUGAGAAAUUCCUCGAAUCGCAGCUCGGACAGCGAUCACCUGCCGGACUCUCGCCAUGGAGAUACAUGUUCUGGCUGAAGCGACUUCAUGAGAUUCAGGAAGAGGCUAAGGAUGCCCACAAGAAAGCCCUGGCGGAGCCUGCCGCUUAUGGCAUCCAGUACAUGAUCAACACGCUCAAGUAA